ACCUACAAGCGACCCUCAACUAGUCAGCUGUCCGACUUACAACUGCUGUGAACAAGCGUUUGUGUUGUCAAGAUGUCAGUACGGAAGGGAAUUGACGGCGGCAAAGAUGAUCCAGCACGCACAGCGGCCAAGGAACCACGGAUGUCGGGGCGAGUGAAGAAGGCAUUGUUUGUGCUGGGUGCCCUGGUCAUCGCCGGGAUCAUCAUCGCCAUUAUCUGCAUCGCUGUCCUGCCAUCUUCACCAGCCAAGGAUGAGGAUUAUCCCUUCCUGUGUGCGAUCUCGAAAGAUCCGUUCAGCUAUAAUCAUGACGCCUUUAACGGUCCCCUCUACUGGAAGAACAUCUCCGAGAACACACGAUGCUGUGGCGGUACCCACCAGUCGCCUAUCGAUCUACUGCGCAAAGAUCUGACCUGUCGACAACUCUCCAACAUCACCUACAACACAGACAUACAGGGCGCUCUGCCAGGCACUCUGAAAAACAAUGGUCAGGGAGCAACGCUGUCGUUCUCCAGCGAGGACCUGGUUACAAACAACUUCCCCUACACCAACGGCGACGACUUCGCCCUAAUUUCUAUGCACUUCCACGAACCUUCCGAGCAUCACAUCAACGGGACCUUCAGGCCGGCGGAGUUGCAUCUGGUCCACUACAACAGGAAGUAUGGCACCAUCCAAGAGGCUGUGCACAGACAUGAUGGCCUGGCUGUCAUCGGGAUCAUCCUCGAGCAGGACAACGUGUCCACUAACGCCGCGCUCAACACCCUCAUUGACGGGAUAGGACAGCUUGGCAGCCCGCAGAGUAAAGUCAACGUGACGAUUGACCCUCGUGAGUUGCUCCUCCAGAGCGGUGGUUACUACACAUACAAGGGUUCGCUCACCAACCCGCCCUGCUCGGAGUCCGUCAGAUGGGUCGUCAUGAAGAAUGCGAUACACACCACUGAGGCAAACGUUCUUAUUCUGAAGUCCCUUGAGGUCCUCGACGGAGGCACUCUCACGAAAUACGGUAACGAGCGACACGUGCAACCUCUCAACGGCCGGCCUGUCUACACCAACACGUGUUGAGGAUGUGUUCGGGUAGCAUGUUCAAUGUCCCAGGAACACGUUUCUCUGUCAUUAGGUUAUUUUGUCUCUCGAUGUAAACUGACAGUUGGUGUUUCACGUAUAUGUUCCCGAACAACUUGCGCGAAAGUCACAUUUGUAGUCCCUUGACGUAAUUAACCUCGACCGUAUAGGAGGCUAGGGUCCCCAUGAAUGUAGAGGGCAUGAUCGGAAGGCACAGUAUGCACGUUCACUAUAUAUGUAUCUGUCAACACGUGUCAGAGUGUCUCAACAGCUGUUGGAUAAUUAGGUUCAUGAAUCGUGAUUUUCCUUUUAAGGUUCACUCAAACACAUAUUCCCGUGUCCCAUGUAGGGAUGGAUAAGGUUUUUAAAUUUUAAAUUUUAUUUCUCAAGUAAGUUACGAAUCUGACAGGUAAACCUGAUUCCCGUGUACCACGUGACUUGUUUAACGCCACCCCCUGCGCCAGGUGUGAAGGACGGGGCCGUGACCAUGGUAACCACGUCUGUAGCACUCCUCCUGGUUCCACUUCAGGUUAAACACACUACGAAUGACAUGACGUCCGCAAAGUCUGCGUCUGAUAGAAAACGAAAUUAGAGCUCGAAAUGUUUUUUUCUUAUUGUGCUUAACAAUAAUGUAAAAACAUUUAGGGCGGGUUGUCAUGAGAAGCAAGAGUAUAUUUUACAAAGCAUUAUAUAUAGUACUUAAGCUGUGCGGGUGAAAAUCAACCAAUACUGGUGUAUUCGGGUAUAUGAUGUGUCUCCAUAGUAUUAAUUGAAACAGUCUUCCUGUUGAUCCAAGUAUUCCAUCUUGUCAAAGAACAAUCAUGAUCAUAUUCUGAAAUGUCGUCGUUCUUAAAGCUGACAGCGUCGCAAUCUCAUUAAAAUCAGACCUUAGUUCUCACUACAGCUAAACAAAUCUGAGGACAUCCCAUUAGGGGUC